AUGGUCGAACACGUAGCGCUCUACAUUCUCUCUGGCUCGAGUGUUAAAGGUCAAGCCGUACUGGACAACAUCCGAUCGAGCGACUUUAUCGACGAGAUCAACAGCGGCGAAGGACCAAGAGAAGAAUGCGGGCUGUAUAAGCUGAUCCAGCUCGUUCAGCCGUCAAACUCAUCUGUCAAGUUGAGCUCAGAGAAGGACGUACUCGAAUAUCACGACAGGCUGGUCAAAGGUGAAGAAACAGCAAAAGCGGACGGAGAGGAUGCUAAGUGGAACACCAAUUGCAUUCUAAUCGCCGACAAGGAAAAAGAUGACCUGGUCCUUAUAGUGGAGAUCUCGAAGGGCAAGAAGACUGGGGACACGUUGAAGGCGAGGGCGAGGUCAUCCGUCGAGGUAGUGAGUCUUCUCCGCAGCGGCUUGCUCGCUUGA